UUCCGGUUGUUGGUUCCUGCCGGCCCCUCCCCGACUGGGCCCUGCGCCCCCCUCCCCCCGCGGCCCCCGCCGCCGGGCCGCCGCCACUAUGAAGAAAUUCUUCCAGGAGAUCAAAGCCGACAUCAAGUUCAAGAGCGCGGGCCCCGGGCAGAAGCUCACGGAGUCGGUGGGGGAGAAGGCCCCCAAAGAAAAGCCCACCCAGGUAAGCCUCAGGCAACCUCGCCAGGGCCCCACCGAUGAGGCACAGAGGGCGGCUGCAGCGGCCCUGGCCAGGCUUGAGCAGAAGCAGCCCAGGGCCCGGGGGCCCACAUCGCAGGACGCCAUCCGGAACCAGGUGAGAAAGGAACUUCAAGCUGAAGCAACUGUCAGUGAGAGCCUGGAGGCCCCAGGGACUAAAAUGGUGCCUGAGCCCAAAGAGGAAGGCUCCACCCACCUAACAGUGCCUGGAGUGUACUUCACCUGCCCACUCACAGGUGCUACUCUGAGGAAAGACCAGCGGGAAGCCUGCGUCAAAGAGGCCAUUCUCUCGCACUUCUCCACUGACCCCGUGGCUGCCUCCAUCAUGAAGAUCCACACCUUCAACAAGGACCGGGACAGGGUGAAGCUGGGUGUGGACACCAUCGCCAAGUACCUGGACAAUAUCCACCUGCAUCCUGAGGAGGAGAAGUAUCGGAAGAUAAAGCUGCAGAACAAGGUGUUCCAGGAGCGCAUUAACUGUCUGGAAGGGGCUCAUGAGUUCUUCGAGGCCAUCGGCUUCCAGAAGGAAUUGCUUCCGGUUCCCAAUCAGGAGGACCCAGAAGAGUUUUACGUGUUGAGCAAGGCCGCCUUGGCCCAGCCACAGAGCCUGGAGAAGCACAAGGAGCAGCUGCUGAGUGCUGAGCCCGUGCGUGCCACCUUGGCCCGCCAGCUCCGGGUCUUCCGGCCCUCACCCCUGGCCUCCCAGUUUGACCUGCCAGGGGAUUUCUUCAACCUCAGCUCUGAGGAGAUCAAGCGCGAGCAGAGGCUGAGGUCUGAGGCUGUGGAGCGGCUGAGCGUACUGCGGACCAAGGCUAUGCGGGAGAAGGAGGAGCAGAGAGAGAUGCGCAAAUAUAGCUACACACUGCUCCGCGUGCGCUUCCCCGACGGGUGUCUCCUGCAGGGAACCUUCUAUGCCAGAGAAAGGGUGGCGGCUCUUUAUGGGUUUGUCCGGGAGGCCUUGCAGAAUGACUGGCUGCCCUUCGAGCUGCUGGCCUCUGGCGGGCAAAAGUUGUUGGAGGAUGAGAACCUACCCUUCAAUGAGUGUGGACUGGUGCCCUCAGCCCUCCUGACCUUCUCGUGGGAUGCGGCUGUGCUGGAGGACAUCAGGGCCGCAGGGGCCCAGCCGGACUCCGCCAUCCUGAAACCCGAGCUCCUGUCUGCCAUCGAGCAGCUCUCAUGAAAUAAAAGCAGGGUUGGCUUCCCCCUCACGGGUCUGUCUCAUGCUCUUCUCAUCCACCACUGCCCCCACCCUGACCACUCCAGGCCCUCCCUGAGGGCAGGGCACUGGUGGGUGCAGACACGUGCCCGUGAUUGUGGCCCACUGAGGGCCCUUGGGGCAGCUGCCUUGCUGUCUGCAGGAGUACUGGAUCUCAGCCUUGUCCAACUGCUCUGUACCAGUUGAUCAGAAGCCUGGGCACCACGAGUGUGGGCGCCUCGCUGGGCAGGAGAGCUGGCUGCGGCUGGGGCCAGUCCUCAGGAGCUGUGGCCCCAGUGGCCCUGAGGCUGCCUUGGGGGGCUGCUGGUGACCGAUCCAAGAGAGGCGCUGGGACUAGCAGGACACAGUUGUGUAAUGACUUAAUUAUGAACCCAAAUAAAUAGAACGUUUGCCUAGUCUCUAGUGGUUAAUUCAAGGUGUG